AUGAAACUCCAAUUUUCAGACACUGAAAUACCAGCAAUAGAUAUAUUGCAAAAUGUUAUUCUACGUUUAAAUACUGGUAAUAUUUCGCAAAAAAAAAGCAGGGAACGAUUAAUUGAAGAACAUCAAAAAUUAAAGUAUUUUUAUGAUAAAAAUAAUUAUAUAGUUCAUAACGUUCGCAGUCAACCCAAUUUAAGUUUAAAUCUUCAACAUCGGGUAUCCAUAGCAAAUUUACAAAUUGAUCAUGAAUUCCCCGAAAAAUUUUUGUUAUGUCGAGUGAUAACCAAAUUUAUGAAAAUAAGUGCUCUUUUAGCUCUUGUGGAAGAUCCAGAGGGUAAUGUGGAACGACUUGCUUUAUACAAUUGGACAAGAUUACCAGAAAACAAAGAAGAUCAGAUGGCUAGUCGACCUAUUGAUCAAUCAUUUUUACCAGUAGGCACCAAACUCGUUAUCAAAAACUUAUCAUAUAAAGUUGCUGCAGAUAGGAACACCAUAAUUAAUUCAAAUAAUCCUGAAGAUAUUAUUAUCAUUGAUCAUAAUAAUGACAAGUUAUUUGGUAACUUAAUAUGGUCCUCCGACCUAUUGGAUAAGAAAGAAAUUAAAGUAAAGAUUGUUGAUGAAUUCCGUCGUCAUGGGAAUGAUUAUUUUGCUUCAAAGGAUUACUCGGCAGCUAUUGAUGAGUAUUCAGGUGGCAUCGAAUUGAAUCCACAAAAUGUCACAUUGUUAGCCAACCGAGCAGAGGCAUAUCUGCGAUUAUUUCAAUUUUAUAAUGCUCUAAAUGAUACAGAAGUUGUUCUUAAAUAUGAACCUAGUCAUUUAAAAGCAGCUUUUCGCAAAGGUAAAGCUCUUUGUGGUCUUAAACGUUAUGAAGAAGCCAUUAUUACACUUCAAGAUUUGCAUCAAAGUAUAAAAUCCAGUACAAAUGAUAGUAUCUCUUCAAUUAAGCAGAGUAUAGAACAAUUACUGAAACAAGCGGAAAUUUUAGCUUCUGAAAAUAAAAAUGGGCAAUAUGAUUAUAUAAGUAUUCUCGAUGAGUGUUGUGAAAGAGCUGAAAUUAGAAAAGAUAGUAAAGGUAAUGACGAAUGGGUCCAUGAGGUAGGAGCAAGAUUGGAUCAUGCUGAUUUUUUAUGCGAAGAUAUUGAAAUUCGUUUGGUAGAAGGAAAAGGAAGAGGAUGGGUUGCAAAACGGGAUAUUCCUGAAAAUGCUUUAUUGAUGGUCUCUAAGGCAUUUAGUAUAGUAUAUAAUCAUGAAGUCCUUGGGUACUCUACGAAGAAUAAUAUUCAAAAUGACCUAUAUUCUGAGGAAUUAAUAUACCGCAUUACGCAGAAACUUAUGGAAGAACCUUAUCAUUGUCAAGAAGUGUACAAACUUUACAAUAGCUUAAAUUUAGAUAAAAUUGACAUGAACCCGGCAAAUGUUGAUAUAAUUGGAGGUAUUGUCAGUUAUAAUUCUUUUAGUUUGGAUGGCAUUAUAGUUGGAAAUUCUAAUUUGAGUGGUGAAGGAUUAUGGAUUAUGCCAUCUUAUUUUAAUCAUUCAUGUGUUGAUGAUAAUGUUACACAAUAUUUUCUUGGAGAUUUAAUGUUUAUACGAUCUCUUAGACCUAUUUUACAAGGCGAAGAACUACUUCUUAAUUACAGAAGAGGUGCACAUGACUAUGAGAACCGAUCAAUGUUUCUUAAAUCAGUUGGUAUAGAUUGUCAAUGUCGAGUUUGUAAGUUGGAUAAAUCUGAAACACCAGAGACGGCACAUAAAAGAGCACAAUUACUUAAUACUGUUGAAAAAUUACUCGAACUUGUAGCAGAUGAACCUGAACCUGAUCCUUCUCUUAUUAAAAAAUUAGAAAAGACUAUUUUUGAAUUACACAAUCUUAGAAAAGAACAUCCAGGACUUGAAUUUGAUACAUUAGAACCCAGUAGAAGUCUAUCAAUUGCUUAUCGUAAAAAUGGAAACCUAAGAAAGGCAAUUUCUAUCCUAGAAGAGGUUUACAAUUCAUAUAAAAAUGUUUAUCUAGGAAUCAUUAAUUGGAUUGUCCUUGAUAUCGUGUUAUAUUGCGUUAAUCUCGAGCAGAUGGAAAAAGCAAGAAAAUGGGUUGACAUAUUAUUGAAGAGGUCAGCAGUACCUUUAUUAGGCAAAUUUAAGGAUGAAGAUAAAUGGAAAAAAGAAGCACUUUAUUUGACGGAAAAAACUGUUCCAUAUAUGGAUUUGGUUAUUAAAAUUUUGUAUAAUAAUAAAAAUACAAAAAAAAAUAGUGAAAAAUAG